GCGCGGGAGCGGCGGCAGGCGGAGGACGGCCGGCGGCGUCCGGGGCGGCCCGCCCACGCAGCGCACUCCACCCGCCGCGCGCCGCCCGCGCCGCUCCCGUUCCCACCAGUCACCAAACCGGGGUUCCGGGGUGCGUGAGCCGCCCCCCUCCAGCCUCCGUGGGCUCAGGACUGGAGAGGACCCCAGGACGCUGCGCCGCGUCGUCUUGGGUCUCGUUGCCACCGUGCGACUCAAAAUGCCGAAGUCACCAAGCAGUUAAAUUUGUCAGCCCUAAACUCUUUAGUGGCGUUUCUUGGCUAAUUAAGUACUGCCCCUGGAGCCUCAAAAUAGUCUAUUGAAGACAAUGAGGUCUAUUUGCCAAAUGAUGAAAUUUGGACCUAUGACAUUGAUAGCGGGCUGUGGAAAAUGCACCUGAUGGAAGGAGAGCUCCCUACCUCCAUGUCGGGCAGCUGCGGGGCUUGCAUCAACGGAAGGCUGUAUGUUUUUGGAGGAUAUGAUGACAAAGGAUACAGCAACCGACUUUACUUUGUCAAUUUACGAACAAGAGAUGGAACUUACAUCUGGGAGAAAAUCACCAAGUUUGAUGGACAACCACCCACACCACGUGAUAAACUUUCCUGCUGGGUGUAUAAAGACAGAUUGAUAUAUUUUGGUGGUUAUGGGUACAGGAGGCACAGUGAGCUUCAAGACUGUUUUGAUGUCCAUGAUGCAUCUUGGGAAGAGCAGAUAUUCUGGGGGUGGCACAAUGAUGUCCAUGUGUUUGACACAAAGACAAGGACUUGGUCUCAACCAGAAAUUAAAGGUGGAGUUCCACCACAGCCACGAGCCGCGCAUUCAUGUGCAGUUCUGGGAAAUAAGGGUUAUGUCUUUGGCGGACGCGUUUUGCAAACUAGGAUGAAUGACUUACACUGUCUAAACUUAGAUACCUGGAUUUGGUCUGGAAGGAUUUCUGUUAAUGGAGAAAGCCCCAAACAUCGGUCAUGGCACACUUUAACAGCAAUAGCUGAUGAUAAGCUUUUCCUAUUUGGUGGACUAAGUGCAGAUAAUAUUCCAUUAAGUGAUGGCUGGAUUCAUAAUAUAAUAACAAACUGUUGGAAACAACUUAAACAUUUACCUUAUACCAGGCCCAGGUUAUGGCACACAGCCUGUCUGGGAAAAGAAAAUGAAAUAAUGGUAUUUGGUGGGAGCAAAGAUAACUUACUUUUCUUGGACACAGGUCACUGUAAUGAUUUAUUGAUCUUUCAAACACAGCCCUAUUCACUGCUCAGGUUGUGUCUUGACUGCAUUGGGAAAAAUGCUGUCAUUUUGAAGAGUCAGAUAUCCUUAUUACCUCCUAAACUUCGGCAGCAAGUUCUGAAAAAAAUAACAUUUUGGACUGCAGCCAAUUACCGAAAAGAGCAAAGAGUCGGAAAAGAAGAAACAGAAAACAAGCAGCAGUGGGUCAGUAGCCACUGAGUCACUCUAGGCCCAGGAUGUCAAAGCGUUUUGAUCAGACUGCCCAUUUGACCCUCCAAUCCAGGCACAGACUUUACUUAAAGGAUACAGUUUAAAACAAAUGUUUUGCUAAUGUGAUUACAUGGUACGGGAUAUAUGGAAAUAAGAUGUAGUUGACUGUUUAUCUGUAUAAUUAUAAACGGAUUUGCUUGUAAAAGACAGAAUAUGUGUUCUUUCUGAAAAUAAGUACAGUCACAGAGGAUCUUAACCCCAAUGUGUACUCUUUUCUAGAAAGAUUAUAUAAAUCUGAAAAACGGAAAUUGCCCCAAGAUCCUCUAAUACAACUGUGAAUGUGCUAUAAAAUACUCCUAAUUAACUUUUGUUACUUUGAGAUCACCUAAGUGUCUCCUUAAACAGCAUCGUCAGAACCUCCCGUCCCCACCGCUGAGCAGGGAAACAUGUUUUCUUAGUUCUGGCCCUAGGACCACAGAGGGUAGUUUGGCUACUGCUUUGAAAUACUGGGCCGUGGGAAAUUAGUACUUUUGAGACAUGGUAAAAUAAACGUUGCCUUGGAAAAGUGUUCCUAAAGUACUAUUUGUAAGUAAUGUGGGGUGAUAAUCUGGUAUUUUUGACUCUCUAAAUCCCCUGUCUAAAUCCCCUGUCAACUCUACAGAGUUGACGCUGCAGACACCACAUAUCCAGACCUUGAUAAGCUCUCUUCUCUCAGUACCAUCGAUCUGCGAACAGGAGACUCCACUGUUAGUCCUCAGAAUGGUACUUUGGCCAUUUUGAGACAUUUUUCUUUAUACCAAUCAUCUUUUUCUUCCAUUGACAUACUUGUUACAAUUAAUUACUAAAGGGUUCAAUAUAUGACAUUAUUUCCCUCCUGUCACCAUGUAAGUUAUCUCUGAACUUUAAAAUGCUGUGAAAGUAUAUUUCUAUAUUGUAUAUAAUUUAUAGUGAACAUUGUAGUAUUUCAUUAAACUAUAGAUAUGUUUUAUACAUGCUGAUUUUAGAUGUGUAAAGCUUCUAUUUAUGUAUUAGAAUAGCUUAUGUUUACACUUUAUUUAUUGAACACAGAAUAUAGAAUUAUUGCCUCACACCUUCGUCAGUGUGGACCAGUCAGAGUUCAUUUCAUUGUGGGGCUGACAGCGUGGCUCAGUGUGUAAAAGUGCUUGCUGAGGAAUACUGGUGGCCCAGGUUCCAUCCCUGGUACCAGCAUAAGGUAUGGGGAGAGAACUAACACUGUAACGGUUGCUCUCUGACCUUCACAUGUGCUCAAACAUACAAUGCACACAUACACACAAUAAUAUCAAAUAAAUAAAAAAUCAAUUCAGCGUGA